AUGAGGGCGGAGAGCCCGACAAGGCGCAGGUACCUGCGGGCGCACCGUCGUGGGCGCGGGGCAGCGCCGCCGCGGCCAUACGCUACAUCGGCGGAAGCAGCAGCAUAUCGCCCUACGACGGGUCGGGCGCGACGGCUGGCGCGGGCAGCGCGGGCGCGUGCGGUACGAGGUGGCGCUGCGCGCGUGCGGUACGAGGUGGCGAUGGUGGCGUGCGUGCGGUACGAGGUGGCGAUGGUGGCGUGCGUGCGGUACGAGGUGGCGAUGGUGGCGUGCGUGCGGUACGUGGAGGAGGGGCGUUGCAGUGAGGCUUGGGCGAGCAGGUUCGUGCGGCGCUAUGGGCUGCUGCUGCUGCGCCUCGCUGAGACUCGCCGGGGCGCCGGGGAGGGGGCUGAGGGGGAGAGGAGAGGAAUGGGGAAGGAGGGUGGAGGGGCGGGAGGUGCGAGUGGGAGUGAAGCGGGGUGGUGGAGGAGAGGUAGGAGGAAGCUGAGGACGAAAGUGAGGCGCAUGGGAACAGCGAGUGAUGAUGAGGAUGCGGAGGGGGAAAAUCUCGAGGAGGAGUAUAAGGAGGACUGGGCGGGGUACGAUGGCUGCCAUGCUGCUGGCGGUGCUGCUGCUGCUGCUGCUGCUGGCGCUGCUGCUGGUGCUGGGGCGAGCGUGAGUGCGAGUGCGAGCACGGGGUGCGAGAGGGACAGGCGGAUGGGGCUGCUGCCGGGGGUGGAGAACCCGUACCGCCAUGCUCGCGCUCUGCUCAUGCGCCUGGCACGGCAGGAGGGUGCCAUGCAGCCCGCCCACGUGCUGGAGGAGGCGCUGCUGGACGCCGGACUGCUGGGCCCACUGCCAGCAUCGGAAUCACCACUGCCACCAGUGCCAGCGCCACGAGAGGACCAGGUGCAGCGUGGCGAGCCAGCAGCACCAGCAGCACCAGUAGCAGUGGGCGGUGAGGAGCGAGUGAGUCCUGCUGUGUCGCAGGGAGAGGCGGUGGAGAGGCAAGGGGAGGCAGACCUGGGGCGAGCAGGGGAUGGAGGCGGUGGGAGAGGGGACGGCGCAGUGGGUGGCGUCGGGCAGUCCCCGUCCCCCUGGCAUGAUGAUGCAUGUCGCUCCGUGGCCCCCCUGCCCGCCAUGGCCAGCCCUGAGCUGCAGGCGCUGCAGAGGGAGGUGAGCAACGAGAGCGUCGUGCUGCCCCACUUCCACUUCCUCCGCCUGCCCCCCGCCUUCCAGGGCAGCACUGGCGGGGGAGAGGGGGCAGGCGUGGUGGUGGAGCGGCAGCUGCCAGGCGUCACGCUGAGCCGCAUCAGAGCCAUCUGCCUCGCCGCCCUCGCCCGCCCCCACCUGCCCCACGCGCACCUGCUGCACGCCAUCUCCCACGCCUGGGGGCUGGAGCUCUCUCCCCUUGACCUGCGCGCCAUCCUCGCGCAGACCACCAGGUUGAUGGUGCUGCCGGGGGGAAUCGAAAGGGCGGUGGUGGAGGGGCGGCGCAUGGGUGGGUGGGAGCCUGCUGGGGAGGCACGGGGUGCCGUUCAUCCUCACGCGCCCCAUGCUGCGCCAGGCGGCGCGCCGCAUCGCCCCGCUGCUGUACCGCAGCGGCAGGGGCUGCCCGCGCUUCGAGCUCAACUGGUGCCGCCGCUUCGUGUGCCGCCUUGA